AUGGCGUCCUACGUGGAUAACAGCUUCCGCCAGGCGGUGAUGAAGAACCCCGCCGAAAGGACCCCCCAGGAUUUGGAAAUAGUGUAUUCCUACUUACACGGGAUGGAAGCCUUGUCCAACCUGAGAGAGCAUCAGCUUAGGUUGAUGUGUGAAACUGUGAGAUACGAAAGACACGAAGCCAAUGAAGUUUUGUACUAUCCUGAUGAUAUUGGGACCUGCUGGUACAUCCUUCUCUCUGGUUCCGUGUUCAUCAAGGAAUCCAUGUUUCUUCCACGAAGCAGUUUUGGCAAGCGUUCUGCAGGAAGCUUUAGGCGUGGCUGUGAAUGCAUUGUGUUAGAGCCUUCUGAAAUGAUUGUGGUAGACUAUAUGGAUGAAAAUGAAGAAUAUUUUCAGCGUCAAGCUUCUCAUCGGCAGUCUCGAAGGAGAUUUAGAAAAAUCAACCAGAAAGGGGAAAGACAAACUAUUAUUGACACUGUGGAUCCUUAUCCUGUGGGCAAACCACCUUUGCCUAGAGGCUAUCAUACGGAAUGCACUAAAUCUCAGCUUCCUGCAGAUUUCACAAAGCUACACCUCACUGACAGUCUCCACCCACAGGUGACCCACGUCUCCUCCAGCCACUCAGGAUGUAGCAUUACUAGUGAUUCUGGAAGCAGCAGUCUUUCUGAUAUCUACCAGGCCACAGAGAGUGAGGCUGGUGAUAUGGACCUUAGUGGGUUGCCGGAAACAGCAGUGGACUCUGAGGACGACGAUGAUGAAGAGGACAUCGAGAGGGCCUCAGACCCUCUAAUGAGCAGAGACAUCGUGAGAGACUGCCUGGAGAAGGACCCCAUUGAUAGGACAGAUGAUGACAUUGAACAACUUCUGGAAUUCAUGCACCAGUUGCCUGCUUUUGCCAACAUGACGAUGUCGGUGAGGCGGGAGCUGUGUGCUGUGAUGGUGUUCGCUGUGGUGGAAAGAGCUGGGACCAUCGUCUUAAACGACGGUGAAGAGCUGGACUCGUGGUCAGUGAUCCUGAAUGGUUCUGUGGAAGUGACUUAUCCAGAUGGAAAAGCAGAAAUACUGUGUAUGGGAAAUAGUUUCGGUGUCUCUCCCACCAUGGACAAGGAGUACAUGAAAGGAGUGAUGAGGACAAAGGUGGAUGACUGCCAGUUUGUCUGCAUAGCCCAGCAAGAUUAUUGCCGUAUCCUCAACCAAGUAGAAAAGAACAUGCAAAAAGUUGAAGAGGAAGGAGAGAUCGUCAUGGUGAAGGAACACCGAGAGCUCGAUCGGACUGGAACAAGAAAGGGCCACAUUGUCAUCAAGGGCACCUCAGAAAGAUUAACGAUGCAUUUGGUGGAAGAACAUUCAGUGGUGGAUCCAACGUUCAUAGAAGACUUCCUGUUGACCUAUAGGACUUUUCUCUGUAGCCCAAUGGAAGUGGGCAAAAAGUUGUUGGAGUGGUUCAAUGACCCGAGCCUCAGGGAUAAGGUUACACGGGUAGUAUUAUUGUGGGUGAAUAAUCACUUCAAUGACUUUGAAGGAGAUCCUGCAAUGACUCGAUUUCUAGAAGAAUUUGAAAAUAAUCUGGAAAGAGAGAAAAUGGGUGGACAUCUAAGGCUGUUAAAUAUUGCAUGUGCAGCCAAAGCAAAAAGAAGAUUGAUGACGCUAACGAAACCAUCCCGAGAAGCUCCUUUGCCUUUUAUCUUACUUGGAGGCUCAGAGAAAGGAUUUGGAAUCUUUGUUGACAGUGUAGAUUCAGCUAGCAAAGCAACAGAAGCGGGCUUGAAACGAGGGGACCAGAUACUAGAAGUAAAUGGUCAAAACUUUGAAAAUAUUCAGCUGUCAAAAGCCAUGGAAAUUCUUAGAAAUAACACACAUUUAUCUAUCACUGUGAAAACCAAUUUAUUUGUAUUUAAAGAACUUCUAACAAGAUUAUCAGAAGAGAAGAGAAAUGGUGCCCCUCACCUCCCUAAAAUUGGAGACAUCAAAAAGGCCAGUCGCUACUCCAUUCCAGAUCUUGCUGUAGAUGUAGAACAAGUGAUAGGACUUGAAAAAGUAAAUAAGAAAAGCAAAGCCAACACUGUUGGGGGAAGGAACAAGCUCAAAAAGAUACUUGACAAGACUCGGAUCAGUAUCUUGCCACAGAAACCGUAUAAUGAUAUUGGGAUUGGUCAGUCUCAAGAUGACAGCAUAGUAGGAUUAAGGCAGACCAAGCACAUCCCAACUGCACUGCCUGUCAGUGGAACCUUAUCCUCCAGUAAUCCUGACUUACUGCAGUCACAUCAUCGCAUUUUAGACUUCAGUGCUACUCCUGACUUGCCAGAUCAAGUGCUAAGGGUUUUCAAGGCUGACCAGCAAAGCCGCUACAUCAUGAUCAGUAAGGACACUACGGCGAAGGAAGUGGUUGUUCAGGCCAUCCGGGAGUUUGCCGUGACCGCCACCCCGGAUCAGUACUCACUCUGUGAGGUCUCUGUCACACCAGAGGGAGUGAUCAAGCAGAGAAGGCUUCCAGAUCAGCUUUCCAAACUUGCUGACAGAAUACAGCUGAGCGGAAGGUACUACUUGAAAAACAACAUGGAGACGGAAACCCUUUGCUCGGACGAGGAUGCGCAGGAGCUGCUGCGGGAGAGCCAGAUCUCGCUGCUGCAGCUCAGCACCGUGGAGGUGGCCACGCAGCUCUCCAUGCGCAACUUCGAGCUUUUCCGAAACAUCGAGCCCACUGAGUACAUUGAUGACUUGUUCAAGCUCAAAUCAAAAACCAGCUGUGCCAACCUGAAGACGUUCGAGGAAGUCAUUAACCAGGAGACGUUUUGGGUAGCAUCCGAGAUUCUGCGGGAGAUAAACCAGCUGAAGAGGAUGAAGAUCAUUAAGCAUUUCAUCAAGAUAGCUCUGCACUGUAGGGAGUGCAAGAAUUUUAACUCCAUGUUUGCAAUCAUCAGUGGCCUAAACCUGGCUCCAGUGGCAAGACUGCGAACUACCUGGGAGAAACUUCCCAAUAAAUACGAAAAGCUGUUUCAAGAUCUCCAAGACCUGUUUGAUCCUUCCAGAAACAUGGCGAAAUACCGCAAUGUCCUCAACAGUCAGAACCUGCAGCCUCCUAUCAUCCCCCUGUUCCCAGUGAUCAAGAAGGAUCUUACGUUCCUUCACGAAGGGAAUGACUCCAAGGUUGACGGGCUGGUCAAUUUUGAGAAGCUAAGAAUGAUUGCAAAAGAAAUCCGUCACGUUGGCCGAAUGGCCUCUGUGAACAUGGACCCUGCCCUCAUGUUCAGGACUCGGAAGAAGAAGUGGAGGAGUCUGGGGUCGCUCAGCCAGGGUAGUACAAAUGCGACCGUGCUAGAUGUUGCUCAGACAGGUGGGCAUAAAAAGCGGGUGCGUCGUAGCUCCUUUCUCAAUGCCAAAAAGCUAUACGAAGAUGCCCAGAUGGCUCGCAAAGUGAAGCAGUACCUGUCCAAUCUGGAGCUCGAGAUGGAUGAGGAAAGUCUUCAGACGCUAUCCCUGCAGUGUGAGCCGGCCACCAACACACUGCCUAAGAAUCCCAGUGACAAAAAGCCUGUCAAGUCGGAGACCUCCCCAGUGGCCCCGAGAGCGGGGCUGCAGCCGAAAGCGCAGCCGCAGCCGCCGCCGCCACAGCCGCCGCACAAACUCAACCAGGGACUGCAGGUUCCCGCCGUGUCCCUCUACCCUUCACGAAAGAAAGUUCCCGUAAAGGACCUCCCACCUUUCGGCAUCAACUCUCCACAAGCUUUAAAGAAAAUUCUUUCUUUGUCUGAAGAAGGAAGUCUGGAGCGCCACAGGAGGCCCGCAGAAGACACAAUAUCCAACACGUCUUCCCAGCUCUCCUCUCCGCCCACCUCCCCACAGAGCUCCCCACGGAAAGGCUACACUUUGGCUCCGAGUGGCACCGUGGAUAACUUCUCAGAUUCCGGCCACAGCGAAAUCUCCUCGAGAUCCAGUAUCGUCAGCAACUCCUCCUUCGAUUCAUUGCCUGUCUCGCUGCCUGACGAGCGGCGCCAGAGGCCAUCGGUCAGCAUCGUGGAGACCAGCCUGGCCUCGGGCCGGCUGGAGAGGCGGCCGGCGGUGGAGCCUGACCAGUACAGCCUGGGGUCCUGUGCGCCGCUGUCUGAGAGCCGGGGCCUGUACGCUGCGGCCACCGUGAUCUCCUCCCCCAGCACGGAGGAGCUUUCCCAGGACCAGGGGGACCGAGCCUCCCUGGACGCUGCUGACAGCGGCCGGGGGAGCUGGACGUCCUGCUCGAGCGGCUCCCAUGAUAACAUCCAGACCAUCCAGCACCAGAGGAGCUGGGAGACGCUGCCCUUUGGGCACACUCACUUUGAUUACCCAGGGGACGCCGCGGGGCUGUGGGCCUCGAGCAGCCAUAUGGACCAAAUCAUGUUUCCCGACCACAGUGCAAAGUACAGCAGGCAGAGUCAGAGCCGGGAGAGUCUCGAUCAGGCCCAGUCCCGGGCCAGCUGGGCCUCGUCCACGGGGUACUGGGGAGAGGACUCAGAAGGGGACACGGGCACGAUCAAGAGAAGGGGGGGUAAGGACGUUUCCCUUGACGCGGACAGCAGCAGCAUGACGGCCGUGACUGCAGAGGAAGCCAAACCCGCCGCCAUGGCUGCCCACAUAGCCGUGACACCCAGUGCCGCCAAGGGCCUCAUCGCCAGGAAGGAGGGCCGCUACCGGGAGCCGCCGCCCACCCCACCAGGCUACGUGGGCAUCCCUAUCACCGACUUCCCCGAGGCCCACCCACACCCGGCCCGGAAGCCGCCGGACUACACCGUGGCGCUGCAGCGGUCCAGGAUGCUGGCCCGGCCGGCCGAAGCCCCCGCCCCAGUUAGCGCCAGGCCUGCCCCCCGGCCGCAGUGGCACCGGCCCGGCGAUGGUGACCCACGUGCCGGCCCCAGUGCACCUCCGGGCCUCACCGCCGAGGAGGACGAAGAUGAACAAGUGUCUGCUGUUUGA